AUGACCCCGGCGGCGGCGAACAAGGCCGAUCCUGGGUCCGCAGGCAGGGCGGAAGACGCGGGUUUCGUCAUUGCCGGGGAGGACACUCUGCAUUCGCGCUACUUGACGCUCAUCAACCGACGAGUGAAAUACCCGCCAGCUGCAAACGGACAGGAGACGGUGCAUGAGUACGAUGUGGUGGCGAGCAGGUACCCCCAUUUCUGUGUUGUAUUUCCAUUCCACUCUAAUGGGAAUGGCAGGGGUGGGAAGGUGACAGUACUGAGGGAAUACAGCCAGGGCCUCCACAGCUUGGUAUACAGCUUCCCAGCAGGGGGUUAUGACCCUGCAAAGCACGCAACCAAGGGCGACUGUGCGUGGCAGGAGCUGUCAGAGGAGGCACAGCUGAAGGGUGGGCGCCUCAUACCACUGCUAGAUGCUCAACACCCUGGCGUGCCCGAGGUCAAGUGGUGUGUCAACAGGUUCACACCUUUUGUGGUGAUAGAUCCACAGGUGGACGAGUGCCCAGGGCCCCGGGAUGAUGAGGAGCACAUCGAGGUGCUGAAGAUGGACAUUGCGGAGGUCAAGGCACUUGCACGAAGAAUGGAGCGCGUGAAACUGGGAAGCAGCGACCUCCAUGUCAGCGUCGCGUGCCUGGGCACCAUGACCUAUGGUGUGCAAAACACGGAGCAAGAGGCGUUCGAACAGCUGGAUUACGCCCUGGCGCAGGGCAUCAAUUUCGUGGAUACGGCCGAAAUGUACCCAGUGCCUUGUGGGCCUGAUACGUGUGGAGCCACGGAGGCAAUUGUUGGGAAUUGGAUGCAAGCCAGGAACAACAGGAACGAGAUCAUCCUGGCAACCAAAGUGUUGGGGGGUCCUAUUGCUGCUGACAGAAGCUGUGUUGUAGCAAACAGGCAUGUCCCAAAGCUUGGCACUGCUCAACAAGGACGCACUGAUGCGAAGAGCAUCCGCUGUGCUCUGGAAGCUAGUCUGAGGCGCUUGAAGACAGACUGCAUCGACCUCUAUCAGAUUCACUGGCCUGAUCGGUAUGUCCCCAUCUUCGGUUUGGCGCAGUACCAUGAGUCCAUGGAGCGGGACUACAUAUCAUUCGAGGAGCAAGUCCGAACAAUGGGGGAGCUGAUCAAAGAGGGAAAAAUCAGGCACUGGGGCCUCAGCAAUGAGACAACAUUUGGGGUCUGCAAGUUCUGUGAAGUCGCUCGCCGCAUGGGCCUGCCACAGCCUGUCUCAAUCCAGAAUGAUUUUUCCCUCCUUGAUCGGCGCUUUGAAAUGGAGCUGGCUGAGGCUUGCUCAAGGAGGCACUACAACAUAGGGCUUCUUGCAUAUGGACCAUUGGCUGGGGGAACACUUUCGGGAAAGUACCAGGGACAGGGCACUUACGACUCCAGGCACACACUCUUUCCAGCACUUCAGGCCCGAUAUCACGGUGAACCAUCGUUGGCAGCAACCAAAAAGUACGCUGACCUGGCCGGUAAAAGGGGGCUGACUACUGUACAGCUUGCACUGUCCUGGGUGAAGAGCCGACCAUACUUAGGGAGCUGCAUCAUAGGGGCAACAAAAAUGGAGCAGCUCAAAGAAGACAUCGAAGCCUUCCAGGUGAAUUUGGAUGUGGAGACCCUCCAAGCCAUUGAUGCGAUACAUGCUGAAUGCCGCAACCCCAAUGUGAUGGAUUGA